GCAACUGGUAUCGUAUCGAUCGAUUGAUGUUUGAGGUUAUGUUUCUUAGUGUUACGACAGCCACUGUACGACAACAUUAUAAUUUCCUUUUAAAGAAAAAUUUCUUGUUAAUUUAAUCGUGUGUUGUGUCUGGUUUUAACAAUGUCUUCAUGGAAGAAAGCAGCAAAAGCCACACAGAAGACUCAUCGCGAGAGACAUCAACCAGAGACUCGCAAGCACUUGGGUCUUUUGGAGAAAAAGAAAGAUUAUAUUGCUAGAGCCAAAAAUUAUCAAGAAAAACAACAAACUUUAAAACUUUUGCGUAGACGUGCCCUAAACAAAAACCCAGAUGAAUUUUAUUUUCAUAUGAUCAAUUCCAAAAUUAGCGGAGGUGUUCAUAAAGAAAAGAAAAAACGUAAAAAUCAUACACCGGAACAAAUACAGCUAAUGGAGACGCAAGAUAUUAGAUACAUUGCUCACAAGAGAAACAUAGAAGCAAAGAAAAUAAAUAAGCUUCAGAGUCAACUGCAUAUGAUAGAUGCUGCAAAUGAAACCAAGAAUAAACAUACCUUUUUUGUAGACGAUUUGGAGGAAGUCAAAAACUUUGAUCUUGCUAAGAAACUGGAUACACACCCAGCAUUGAUAUCCAGACGCACAAACAGACCAAAAUUAAGUAAAUUAAAAGAUAUGAAAUUAUCAGACAUAGAUGAGGCAAGCUUGAGAAGAAUUGAAAGUGAUAAACACAAUGCUUACAAAGAAUUACAAAAGAGGAUAGAGAGAGAAAGGGAAUUGACUAUUAUACAACAAAAAUUAGAAAUGCAAAGAGCACUAAAAGAUAAAAAAAUUACUAAACCAAAACUAAUAAGCGUAGGAACAAAGGAUGCUGCUCCCGUUUACAAAUGGAAAUUUGAAAGAAAACGAUAACUUCUAUUAUGUGUAGGCGUAUAAGGCGUAUUUUUAAUAAACAAUAAAACAAUCUA